AAAAUGGCGAAAAAAUUUUUUUCUCAAUUAUCCCACGAUCUAACGAAAUUACUUUCGGAUACGAAAUUUUGUGACGUAACCAUUGUAGUUGGUAAAGCUCCUGACACCAAAAAUUUCCGAGCCCAUUCAUCAAUUUUAUAUUAUCGAUCACCUUAUUUUCGACGAGAGUUAUCCGAUCCAAGUUUUAAUUGUGUGUCAAAAAAAUUCAAAUUUAAUAUUUCUGUUGAAGUUUUUGAAACUUUACUCACGUACAUCUAUAAUGGAACUAUAAUGUUGGAAGACAAAAGUGGACCUGAAAUUUUUCGAAUUCUGUUAGCCACUGAAAAGCUUGGCCUUUACGAACUUAUCACGUAUCUUCAACAAACCUUACUAGAUCAUCAUAUUGAUUGGUUAAAACGUCACAUCGAAACCGUAAAUCGUGCGAGUUUUCGAAACGAUCAUUUUCAAGUUCUUCAACAGUUUUGUACCACAAAUGACCCUGGAAAAGUAUUGAACAAUAUUAAUUUCGAUGCUAUUUCUGAAAAUGCUAUGAUAUCUUUACUUAAACGGGAUCAUUUUGGAACGGAUGAAGUUCUUAAAUGGGGAUUGGCACAGAGUCCAACGUUGUUAACUAUGGAUCCAACAAAAUGGACAGCCGAUGAUUUCAAAACUUUACGGGUAUCACUUCAACAAUUCCUUCCACUAAUUGGAUUUCAUGAAAUGACAAGUCAACAAUUCUUUGAAAAAGUGAGCCCAUUUAGUAAACUGUUUGAACCACGAAUUUAUGAAGAGUUAGUUCAAUACUUUAUGUUGUCAGAUGAAAACGUUUCGAAUAUGAAUAUACCUGACUUGUCACCUAAUAUAAAGCAUCCAUCUUUGAACUCAAUGGAAUAUCUUGGGCCAUCAUUCGGUUUUGAUGAUAUUACGAUCAAUGGUGAAAAUUACAGAGAAGAGAUGAAAUGUUAUUCAGGAAAUAAUAGUUAUGAAAGACCAAUUCGAUCUGAAGGAUACUUUUCAGUCGAUGAAUAUGAAAUUUUUCAGGUUUCUGAG